AUGAAGUUCUCCGCCAUCCUCCUUUCCCAGGCCCUACUGGCGGCCUCUGCCCUGGCUGCUCCCAAGGGCCACGGUCUCGCGGCGCGUGUGGCUGCCCGCAACGCUCGCAGCCGUCUCUCCCAUCCCAACAUUCCUGCGCCAGCCCCUGAGACUGUGGGCGAGGAGAAGAUCGCGCCCAACCGCACCAAUGUCGACUACAGUUCCAACUGGUCCGGCGCUGUCCUGACCUCUCCACCCUCCGGCAGCACCUUCACCUCCGUGUCGGCGCAGUUCACGGUGCCGUCCCCAUCGUUGCCUCAGGGCAGCCAGCAGUCAUCCUCCGCGUCGGCCUGGGUCGGCAUCGACGGCGACACCUACACGAAUGCCAUCCUCCAGACCGGCGUCGACUUCAACGUGGACAGCAACGGGCAGGUGUCGUACGACGCGUGGUACGAGUGGUACCCGGACUACGCGCACGACUUCACGGGGAUCAGCUUCAAGAGCGGCGACGUGGUCAGCGUGUCGGUGACGUCGAGCAGCAACAGCCAGGGCACGGCGGUGAUCGAGAACCUGACCAACGGGCAGAAGGUGACCAAGACGCUGUCGGCGCCGUCGUCGGGCGCGACCCUGGGCGGGCAGAACGCAGAGUGGAUCGUCGAGGACUUUGAGAGCGGCGGCGGCCUGGUGCCGUUCGCCAACUUUGGCACCGUCAAGUUCACCAAGGCGAGCGCAGGCACGUCGAGCGGGUCGUCCGUCGGCACCGACGGCGCGGACAUUCUGGACAUCCAGCAGAACGGCAAGGUGCUGACGUCGGCGUCGACGCCCAGCUCUUCCGAGGUGGAUGUCACCUACACGGGCGGCAACUGA